AUAAAAAGCACUGAAUAUUGCAGAUUCAUUUCAUAAUUUUGUUAUAUUUCAAGUACGCAAUGUGGGCGCACCAAACGUUUAUAUUGCUGUCACUCCUUGCGGUUGUGUUCGUCAACGCUCAGAACGAUGGACGCUAUCGUCCAUUUAAUCGUUUUACCACAGUCAGGCCACUAAAUCUAUUUCAAGGACAGUAUCGGGCAGGUAAUGAUGGCAGAUAUCGUGGCGGUAAUGAUGGAAGAUAUCGCCCAGAUAAUGAUGGUACAUAUCGUGCUGAUAACCGUGGUUUAAAUGAAGGCAGAUAUAUACAUCAAGAUGUAAAAUAUCAACCAUUCAUUGAUCGUAUUGGUUCUGGUGCAGGUGGUAGUGGAGGUGGUGGUGGUGGUGGAAGAAUUGGUGCAGGAGUUGGAAGCAGUAUUGGUAGUCGUAUUGGUAGUACAGUAAGCCCACCUUCACGAAAUCUUGCUUUAGGUUCUGGCUUAACAGCUGCUCCACAAAACUUGCAAUUAUCUCAAGGAAAAGGUACAGGAGCAGGUGGUGGUGGUUGGAGAAUAAUACGUCAAGAAGAUACUGUGAAUCAAGACGGUUACCACUAUCUUUACGAAACUGAAAACGGUAUCUUAGCUGAAGAAAGUGGUCGAGUUGAAAAAAUAAACGCUGAAGAGGAAGGCUUGCGUAGUACUGGCUUCUACGAAUACACUGGAGAUGAUGGUUUGCUCUAUCGUGUAGAUUAUGUCGCCGAUGAGAAUGGCUUCAGGCCUACAGGUGCACAUAUACCUGCACAACCGCCACAUGUGGCCAAAUUGUUGGCUUACUUAGCAGCUAAAGGAGCACUUUAAAAUCAAAGAAAGCAGCAGAUGCAUUG